GGGCUGUUCGAGAUCGACCAGCAGCACGACUUCCACGGCCUGACCUGCAGGAUGAAGGAGGGCCUGGCAGCCGCCACACACACACCGCCAGCGGUGAGUCGGCAGCAUCAUGCCUGGUGGAGAGGGACGCCGCCUGGUGGCUCCCCAAGCCGGCCCGGAGGUCAGAGGACGACCUUUCAGACGACGACUUCAGGUCCAAGGUCACGCAGGUGCAUCAGGUGAGGUCGGGCCGGCCGGCGGAACCUCGCGGCUCCGCAGGCGUCCCACACAGUUUGCCGUCUUUGUCCAGGACUUCUCCCUGGAGACGUUCGGCGGCCCGGUGUUCGCCGCUCUGCGCGCGUCGCUGGGGAUCACGGAGGACGAGUAUCUGCAGUCUCUGUGCUCGGAAAGCUGCUACCUGCAGUUCAUCAGCAACUCCAAGAGCAAAGCCGACUUCUUCCUGACAAAUGAUAAACGGUUUUUCCUGAAGACUCAAAACAAACGAGAGAUUAAAUUCCUUCUGUCCAACCUGAAGAUUUACGUGGAGCAUCUGAGGAAGUUCCCACACUCACUGCUGGUCAAGUUCUUAGGAGUCCACCGGAUCCGGAUCCCGCCCGGUCGGAAGAAAUAUUUCAUCGUGAUGCAGAGCGUCUUUUAUCCGGACGAACGCAUCAGCGCCCGGUACGACAUCAAGGGCUGCCAGGUGAGCCGGUGGACGGACCCGGCGCCGGACGGCAGCCAGAUCAUCGUGGUUCUGAAGGACCUGAACUUCGAAGGCCAGUUCAUCACGCUGGGUGAGGAGGAGGAGCAAGGAGGAAGGUGCAGCGCGCCCCCUGCUGGGCACGCAGAGAACCGCUUCUAUCCUCCAGAACCGACCCAGUCCAGUCUGAAAAGACCUGCUGGGUUCAGAGCGGCAGCGCUCCUGGCUCCUCCAGCAGGUGGAGAUCGACACCGGCUUCCUGGAGCGGCUCAACGUCCUGGACUACAGCCUCCUGCUGGCCCAGCAGCCGCUGCACCACGACGAGCGGAACCAGAACCUGUCCUUCGCCUCGCUCAUCGUCAGAACCAAGAGGUCCGUGAACCCCGGGUCCAGUCCGAUCCACGCCGGAGUCCCGGGAGCGGUUCCGGACGACGACGACGCCGGACCGUCGCCGGAACCGGACUCGGGCUUGACGUCGUCGCAGGACCGAGACGACUCGACCCGGACGAGUCCGCGGGCCGCCGGAGCCGGCGCCGACCCGCCCGACGUCCCGGACUUCCGGGCCCAGAACCGGCGGCUGCUGCCGAACCUGAAGAACCCGCUGCACGUCAUCGACGGGCCGCAGCAGCGAUACUUCAUCGGCAUCAUCGACGUUUUCACCGCCUACGGCCUGAAGAAGCGGCUGGAGCAUCUGUGGAAGCGCCUGAGGCAUCAUGGCCGCUCCUUCUCCACCGUCAGCCCGCAGGAGUACGGCGGCCGGCUGCGGCGGUGGGUGGAGAGCCACAGCGAGUAGGACCUGGACCGGAACCGCUGGACCGGAGCCACUGGACCGGAACCACUGGACUGGACCGGGGCCACAGCGAGUAGGACCACUGGACCGGAACCACUGGACCGGGACCACUGG